AAAUUGGUUCUUAUAUGUAGCUUCCCUCCAACCAGAAGGUCGAAAAAAAAAGUUAAAACUGGUUCGUCAGUCGCUACUGAGGUGUUCGUUGGAGAGACUUCCAAGGUUGUGUUAGUGGGGAAACACAACGCUGCCGUGUGAGCCUGGAAAAUUAUGGGCUGCAUGGGUUCGGUUAUAACCUAAUAUUUAAAUUGAUUGAUUAGGUAAUUUUCAUAAUUAUUCACUUUUAACCAUGCACAACAACGCGACUUUCAUCCCUCACUCCUCCACCAAUACCAAUACCAGUCAACCACCCUCUUCCGAUACGCGCUCCUUGGAUCCAUACAGCCACUCGACAACAACAAAGAAAGGGUUGAAGAGAUUACGUUCUUCCGAAUCUUUGGCUGCAAUCGGAAAUGGUCCUACCAGGAAACCAGGUCCAGGCAUAAACAUCGGCAUAACUACAAAUACUCGCACAAUCAGAAGCACACGCACAAGCACGAGCACAUCAACAGGGGUACUAAGAACAAGACCGACAAUAAUAUCCACAACCACCGCCGCCGGUGCCAAGACCACUAUUACAACAACCGCCUCAUCUGUGUCUGCGUCUUCUCGAACACCUCUCAGGAGACGAGACCAAAAUGCUGCGCCUUCUACUACAACUUCGUUGUUGAAGGAGCCUGGAAUUGGAAAUAUGCCAUUCGACGCACCUUCACCUCCACCUACAAAUGCAAAUACGAAUACUACUCGACCACAGAUGCCAUCGCUCAGUGCUGCUGCCGCAAGGGCCAUUAAUCGGAACCCCCUGACGCCCAAAAUCGCUUCCAAGACAACACAACCGCCUCCCCCCUUAGCAGCUGUGACCACUCCUGCGAAUCGACGCCAGCAACAAUCUACUAUUGCAAUUAAUACUAGCCGAGAUACCCCUUCUAAUCGCACAACCUAUUUUGAAGAGCCCUCGCCAUUUGCAGCUCAAUUUAAUUCUAAUAUUACUCCUCGUUCUGGUUCGAGACAGAAUCGUGUCGAUAGCGCGAAUAGCACCCCGAAUGGAACGCCGAACCCGGAGCGAUCAGAACCGUGGGAUUCCAAGUCAAGUUUUGGUCUGCCUAGCCCGAGGCUAGACGGAGAAGCCAUGAGGAGAUCAGCAGUUUCCUUCAGUUCGAUAUCGCCGGACGCAGGUGGGCGGGAUUCUGCUGAUUCUAAAUUCUUUCACGCAAGUGAUGUUAAGACGACUCGUCCAACAUCUUCCUCCAAGACAACUCAAGCAAAGGGCCCGACCUUUUUUUAUGCCAAUGGCAAUACAAUAGAAAACAAGGUCUCCCAGCCAACCCCAUUCGCACCGGUCCUCGGCCAUUCACAAGAUAAUAUUGCUAGCAAGUUUAUGUACGCCAAUGGGACACCGGAGUUACGACAUAGUCCGACGCCUCCAGUAUCCCGCAGCUCAGGUUCAACAGCAUCAACAGCCCCCAAAGCGCUUCCUACACGACCCGCAACGAAUCCCCCCACUACCAGCCACCAUAAUACUCAAAGGCCUAUUUCCCCGGCCAAGUUCGCAUCUCAAGUUCCACAAACCGCACCCAAGGCCAAUAAUGUUCCAGGACAGACCCGCCAACAAGUGCUAGCCACUGCCCCCCAAUUAGGUCCUUCUCCCCCUGGACUCCGCCGUUCCAGUACCGGACCAAGGCCUGGUAAUCAUUCCCGCACAGGAAGUCUAGUAAAGCCCGAUCAGUCUUAUAGCGCUCCGAAGUUAGCCAGCCCUAUAGUAUCACCAGAAGCUUCUCCACCAGUGACCCUUCCUUCCACUCCUGCUCCUCUUACAUUAGCUUCAAUAAUACAAGCCGCCGAGGAUUUCGCAGAGAAUGAGAUUGAGGAUACCGCAUCGCCAGAUGAAGCUCCGUCAGGUCUACAAAGCCCUACUAAAUCGGUUCAUUCCACGGAUCCGGCCAAUGAAUUAGUCGCAAAUGCAAGACGUGAACGUAAAGUGCAAGACUUGCAGAUUACGAAUGCAUCCCUUGAGGCCAUCAACCGAACGCUUGAGCGUCAACUGCGAAAGCAAACUACUGAAUUGAGGAGGUAUCGCCGCUUAUCGCGCUCAGGUCGGCUCUCCGCCGCAUCUACUGCCGUUUCUAGCCGUUUAUCAGAUGACUUUUCGGAGAAUGGAGUUAGUAUUAUGAAUCUUUCCGAUCUAGAUGAAGAGUCUGAGACAGAAAAGAAAGAAGAGGAGGAAGCAGAGGAAGAGUCAAGUCUGGACAGUGAUUCGGCAUCUGGCUCCGUUAGCCCAAGUGUGAUUGCGGAACAAGAUGCAAAACACCGAAGACGCGAUGAGGAACGACUAGAAGUUGAUUUGUCUAAACACCAACAACUACUCAUUGACUCGCAAAAGAUCAACCAGAGUAUUAAAAGAUGUCUCGACUGGACUGAGGUGUUAAUUAGUGAAGGCAAGAAGGCACUCGAGUAUCAUGUCAGAGUUAGCGAUGUGGAAUUAGGUGGAAGGGUACUGGACCCAUUAGACUUAGAGGACGAACGACCCGUGAGUGAGGAUGGUCCUCUCGAUGACACGAUUUCGCUCGGCGACAAAUUGUUGGACAAUUCCACAGUAUUGGCCGGUUGGAGUUUCGAGCGACAGGAUAGGGAUAGCGGCAUAGAACUCCCUGCUGACGGAGGCUGAAGCUUGAAAUUGGGUAUAACCCUAUAACUGAAUCAUCAUCAGUACUCAAGCGACUUUUUUUUUUUCUUUCUCUAUUUGGAUAACGAUAUACAUAAGACUACCAACUACAGCGACAUCGGAAUUACACUAUUAUACCAUACUGGACCGCUGCAUUCUUCAUUACGCUCCAUAAGCACAACCUUUUACUUUGUCUAAUCUGUACCAACAACGGAUACCCAGAAACAAAAAUCAUUACGGGAAACAGGCGCAGGGUCGGUAGACCAUCUCCACACCACUUGAUACAUCGCCAUCACUUUUUCUUUCUUUUCCUUAUUCGAGUCUCACAAUGAUACCCCCCAAAGUAUAAUGAGUCAGGAAGCCUAAAAGAGUACAUACAUACAUCAUCCAACAAUUAUAGAGGAGGUACAAAAACGAAAAGUUUACCUAAAAGGAGGUUGAACGCAAGUUCUAGACAGAAAGACGACACCGAAUUAUUGGAGAUGUACAUAUUAUGGACUAGUACCGGAGUAUAAGCUUCGAUUCUGGACAUUGUAUGCGAGAAUAGAAAAGGGCUACCCUACCUUGCCUACCUACUCAUUAGUGUAGGUUGGGUAUUAUAGGUGAUAUGACCCUUGGUACUCGGAUGAUAAAUAGGCUAGGCUACCUGCGAAGUUGACUGAUAUUAUCAGUAUUUCAGUCAUGUCUUGGCGCGAGACUCUUACGUAGCGGUU